CCCAGGUCCAGUCAAACCAUUGAGGACCUUUAGAGGCGCGGCGCCUUUAAGAGGGGGUGUGGCCUCCUGACAAGCGGCGGGCAGGUGCCGGAGGAGGCUCGAAGUACGCGUCACGUGCCUGCUGGGCGGGGCCGGGCUGCGACCGGAAGCGGAAGUGGGUUGUCGGCGGGGCCGGCGGCUCAGCGCGCGCGCCUGGGUCAGGCGGGAUGGGUUCCAAGGCCAAGAAGCGGGUGGUACUGCCCACUCGCCCAGCGCCCCCCACGGUGGAGCAGAUCCUGGAGGACGUGCGGGGUGCGCCCUCCGAGGACCCCGUUUUCACCGCCCUGGCCCUGGAAGACUCCCCAGGCCUCUCCGGGAGGGCGGAGGACGUGGAGGCCCAGCAGCAGCAGCUUUACCAGCAGAGCCGCGCCUACGUAGCCAUGAAUCAGCGUCUGCAGCAGGCGGGCGACGGGCUGAAGCAGAAGCGUGAGGACCUGUGGCGGGCUGGCGAGGGGCUGGAGCGGGAAGUCCGCCUGCUGAAGCAGGGGGCGCCCCCAGGGGCCGUGGCUGCCUCCUUGGGCUGACUGGCCCGCCAGCUCGCCUUAGCGCGCACCCCGGCAGGGCGCCCCGCGGCUCACCGGCACCUUUGGUCCCCCCCCCCCCGAGACACCUGACCCGGCACACCUCACACCUGGGCCCCUGGGUCGCAUGGCCUGGGCUCGCCCCGGGGCCCGGAGAACCCGGGGCCCACAGCCUGCGUGGGGGGUGACAGACACAGCUGCCUCGCCGGGCGCGGGCCCCUUUCGAGGGGCGGGUCUGGGGCAGUGUGGGUGCCGCCCGCCCUGGCCGUGGAGCCCAGACCGGGCUUCGUGUGGGGUCCCCAGCACCCGAGGGCCGGUCCGUCCAACCUCUCUUUGCCUCUCGCGACCCUGCUUCCCCGCGUCAUCGCAACGGAGAUGGAACCCUGUGGAACCCCGGCUGUUUUCUCUCUCCGCCCAUCUCUGCAUGAAGUGCGGAGGGGGGGCCCCCAAGAUUCCGG